AUGAGCACCAAUUCAUCUGAUUAUACACUCAAUCCAUUUGGUUAUACUCCAGUAUUUGGUCUAGCAGUAGCAGCAACAGUUGUUUACAGUUUAUUUACGAUCAUUAUCAGUAUUCAAAGUAUUUAUUAUGGCAUAGUGUAUUUCAUUGUAAUGUCAAUUGUUGGCGUGGCUGAAAGUGUUGGUUAUGGUUUAAGAUGUGCCCUAUCAUCAAAUGUUUACCUUCGAACGCCUUAUAUAAUUAUGCUCUGUCUUAUUAUAUUAGCACCCGUAGGCCUUGCUUUUACUAAUUAUGUACUUGUGGGAAGACUGAUUCGAUAUGUUGGCCGUGAAUAUUCUCUUGUAAAUCCAUUAAUUGUUGAGUGGGCAUUUAUUGCGUCCGAUAUUAUUUCAAUCGUUGUUCAAGGAGGUGGAGCUGCUCUAUUAACUUCAACUGAUACGAGUAAAAUUAGUAUUGGUCAAGAUAUUCUUAUUGCUGGACUAGUGAUUAACUUAAUUAGUUUUUGCUUUUUUUCUAUUAUUACUAUAUAUUUGGAUUAUUCAAUAAGGAAAAGACGACAACAACAAAAGAGAGCAGAAACAGAAAAUCAAAAUGAAAAAUGGCGUUAUAUAUUUUAUGCUUUAUAUUUAAGUAUGACAUUAUUAAUUCUACGUUCAAUUUAUCGUAUUGUUGAAUUUGUAACUGGAUUUAGAGGCUAUGUGGCAACAAGUGAAGUACUUUUCUACAUUUUUGAUACAUUAUUAAUGCUUGUUGCAUUUGGUCUCUUUAUUCCAAUGCAUCCAGGCAUUUGGAUGCCAAAAAAGCCAACAGUUGCAACAUUAACAUCAUCCACAUAG